AAAAUAAUUUGGUUACUACUGCCCCCUGGCGAAAUCUGCGAGUAAUGAAUGCGGAAAUGACGCACUUCUAUUUCCACCAAUCACCUGCCGCGUCUCAAUAUUCGAACGUCAACCGACUGAGAGGCGGAUGAGCUCCGACUAAAUACAGGCUCUGUUUUGGUCCUUAAAAAGCCUCAGAGACGUAUUUCCCCCUACGGAUUUAAUAUAUCUACCAUCGCAUUUGUAACAAGGCAAAUUUUGAGACAUGGCAAAAGAACGGGUGAAGAAAAAGUCGUUCCAGGAAAGUCUGGAAGAAAUAAAAGAGAAAAUGAAGGAGAAGAGGACCAAGCGCUUAGCCAGCGUCUCGGCCCCAAACCGAGGACGAUCACGAAUGACAACUAAAUGCAACGGUACCAGCUCCACAAACACAAUUUUAAUGGGAGUCCAACAGAACAACAAAGCGCUGGCGGUGGCGUUGGAGGCUGAGAAAGAGAAAGUGAGGCAGGCCAAUGCUGUAAUUCUGCAGCUGAAGAGGGAACAACAGGCUCUGUUUCUUCACCUGCUUCUGCUCAAGAAAAAACUCAAAGAUCAGGAAGCUCUGUCUGCAAACUUCUUAGGGAACUCUUCAAACAACAUUGUCUCAAUCACAACAGAAUCACAAAGGAAGAAACCUAAUCAUAAUGAUAAGAGUGUUGUUGAGACUCCUCCACAAAGAGGUUCCCCUUUGUGCACAGAAGGUAAACCAGCCAAACUGCCAUCGACUGUGGGUGUCAGACGUCGUCAGACAGACAGGAGCAGGAGACGUUCUGACCGUGUGCAGGAGCACAAAAUGAUGAGACAGGACUCUGGGGCUUGUUUAGAAACUCUAACAGCCAGUCCAAUUUGCAAUGAUGAUGCAAACCAAAAACACACACAUCAGUCUGAAGAGCCAGUGAUGGAGGAGCCACAUGAAGACUUUCAGCACUCAACACCUGAACCUGCUCCAGCCAAAAACGCCAAGCAACCACAACCUGCCAGGAAAAUGCAGACCAGAACCAAAGCAGAGGUGAUUCAGAAGAAACCGGAUCAGGGGCGUAAAGUGGACCGAGGUCCUUUGAAGAAACCGUGGGAAAAUCCCAAACAAAGAGCCCGUUCCAAGAGUCGGGAUCGCUCUGCCACACGCUCCAAAACUGCACCUGCACCACAAAACAAGCUCAAUACUUCACUGGGAUUUAAUGACACAUUUGAUUUUGACUGUGAAGAAGCUGUCCAUGUUACCCCCUUUAAAGCGAAAGCAGAGGACGAAGAGCCAGAAACAGCUGUUUGUAAAGAACCAGCCAAAGAGUCACCUGUUGGGUCCAGAGGGAAGGACUCACUCUCACCUUCUUCUGAAUCUGAGGACAGUCUGUAUGUCCCACAGAAAAAAAGGAAAAAACAAGCUUCCCCUGAAUACACCAAGGCUAUGAACACACGCAGAGGCAGACGGUCAAAGAGAGUUAGCAUAAAAAAUGAAAAUAUUCCACCACAUAAGUUUAAUGUUUACAGAGAUGAGGACUUCAGCCCUAAGGUUGAGAGGUGUAAUAAAGAAGAAACCCCAGAGUGGAAGUCUCCUAAGCAAGAAAGAAUUUAUGAAGAAAAUCAAACUGAUUCCCAAGAAGCGAACAUUGAGGAGCACUGCCUGCCCCCAGUCAGUCCCUUGGUCGAAGCUGAAAUUAAGAGAAUUGAUAACGUGCUCUCCAAUUUUGGAGAGUCUUCGAGUGAUAUCUCUCCACUCCUCACCGCCCAGACGCCACAGAGAGCGAAGUCAUGCAAGAAACGUGGGCUUGUUGUGAGGCCUGCGGGGCGGGGCUUGAGUCUUUGUGAUGUGACCAAUCUGUCCCCUGCAGCCUAUCGGAAGUUCCAGCGUGGGGGGUCCCGCCUCUCAGAUGUCCGCUGCUCCACUCCAGCUCAGAGCUUAGGCCGCAAACGUCGCUGCACCAUGACCGUGGACUACAAGGAGCCAUCCAUCAGCGCGAAACUUAGACGAGGAGACAAGUUCACAGAUAUAGAGUUCCUACAUUCACCUAUCUUUAAGCAGAAGUCUGGAAGAAGGUCCAUUCAAAAAUCAAGAAGCUCCAUGAAAAUGCAGCUGCCUUUUGAAAAAUAUAAUGAGUCAUUUGUUGGCUGUCGAUGAAGGCAACUACUACCUCUAUGAACUGUAGUUAUAGCAUCACCUGUUUUAAUGUUUUUAAUAUUUUAAUUUCAAUCUCUAAUGUGACAACUCUUAUGACGUGUAUCAUUACAUUUGAUGGUGUGCAUUUGUCAUUGUUUUUCAAUGCUGUUAUUAUGAGAUCUUGUUGGUCAGAGAGAACAUGUAAUAUGCAGUUUUGAUUUUAAUAAAUGAGUGGUUUUAGGUGU